AUGCUUGAGCAAGUAAAAAAUGUUGAAGGCCCGGCUGAUUUUAAAAUUGGUAGUGAAUUCAUGGAACCUUUAAGUAAAGUACUUCAAUCUUGUGAUUUGGACUUAUUGACAGCAGUUGAUUAUUUAAAAAAGGCGGAACAAAAAAUAACAAUGAUGCGUACUGAUGAACAAUUUAAUACUAUUUUUGAGGAAGCAAAACAAUUUUCUGAAGAACAUUUUGGUGAUUUUAAUUUAAAUAAUUUAAUGUCAUUUAGAAAUCGAAAAAGAAAUGUAGUUCGGCGUUCAGGUAUAUUAUCCCUAAAGCGUAUAAAAGAAGUUGGUCCUGUGCCUCAAGAUGCAUUUAGUAAAAUAUGUGAUAUCUAUGGAAUUAAUCAAGAGUCUGUAAGAAAUGAUUACAUACUAUUCAAAAGUAUAAUCAAAGAUUUAGAUCUCAAUUUAUUGAAAAAAUUACCAGCUAAAUUGCACGAUGACUCUGAAGAAUAUACAAGUGGUUCAGAUGAAAGUAAUAAAGAAGAUGAAGAAGAAUUGCAAGAUUUAAAUAAUUUUGGAAGCCUAAGAAAUAUUUUUGAAAUAAUUAAUACUAUGAAUAUUAAAUCGGAGUUUGAGCAUUUGUACACAAUAAUUAAAAUAAGUUUAACAUUGCCUACAUCUAGUUGUACUGUAGAACGAAGUUUUUCUAAAUUAAAAAUCAUAAAAUCAAGACUGCGUUCCACUAUGGAUCAAAAUAGAUUAGAGAAUUUAAUGAUUAUUUCUUGUGAACAGGAUAUAAACAUAGAUGUGUCAAAGGUAACAGAUAUAUUUGCGAGAAAGUCACCAGUAUUAUCUAGGUUACUAACAUUUUAAUAUUAAUAUUUAUAAUUGUGUACCACUAUG